AGACUUGGCAACCUUGCAGCGUCGAGCUCUCUGUCGUAGUUCGAGGGCUAGGCUAGCUGUCUGGAGUGUUCCAGAUGUUUAUUGUAUAUUAGAAGGGAAUUUGCCUCGAGCUUUUUACAUCUCAAGGGAAAUCUCAAUGAUGGGAAAGAGCGCGAGCCGCUCAUGUACCUGUCCUGCAGCGCGCGUGCUUACUUCUUCGUCUGAAGCGAACCUGAAGCUAGCCUGUUAGCCUGCGCGCGACCUAUCUUCAGCUGUACAAACACUGACCCCAAAAUGGUGUUCUUGCUAAACCCUCUGGAGAACCUGAAGACCUACAUAAGCAACCGUCCACCGCUGGUCAUAUUUAUGGUCAGUGUAAGCGCCGUGGCCAUUACGUUCCUCACGGUCGGAUAUUUCUUCAAGAUCAAGGAAAUUAAAUCGCCUGAAAUGACAGAGGACUGGAACACCUUUCUGCUACGUUUUAACGAGCUGGACUUCUGCAUCUCGGAGAACGAGACACUCAAGCAUGGCCUGAACGAGUCGACGACACCGGAGAGCACGGUGACGAGUAGCCAGUCACGCACCAGCACUCAAGCGCCAUUGCUGCUGGAGGACCCAGGUCCUAUUAACAUCUCCGUCACCAUUACUCUCACCCUGGAUCCUCUGAAGCCGUUCGGCGGUUACUCGCGCAACAUCACCCACCUGUACUCCACCGUGAUGGGCCAUCAGGUUGGCCUGGCUGGCAGGGAAGCUCACGAAGAAAUGAACAUUACUUUCACCCUGCCUGCAUCCUGGAACUCGGACGACUGCGUCCUGCACGGACGUUGCGAGCAGGUGGUCUUUAGCACCUGCAUGACCGUUACUGCCGUCAGUAACAUCUUCCCCGUCACAGUGCAACCGCCUCACUGUGUUCCGGAGACGUACAGCAACGCAACAUCCUGGUACAAGAUCUUCACCACAGCGCGGGACUCGGACACCAAGUACACACAAGACUACAACCCUUUUUGGUGUUACAAAGGCGCCGUCGGGAAGGUGUACCACACUCUGAACCCUAAACUCACAGUCAUCGUGCCAGAAGACGAUCGCUCUCUCAUCAACCUGCACCUAAUGCACACCAGUUACUUUCUGUUUGUGAUGGUGAUUACAAUGUUCUGCUAUGCAGUCAUUAAAGGUAGACCUGGCAAAGUAAGACAGAACAACCCGGAUUUCUGUCCAGAAAAGGUAGCUUUGUCAGAGGGAUAAGAACGAUCCUAGGUGAAUAUAUGGACUGAACUCGUUCAGCGUCAGACUGGAAUGAACCAUAUCGGAAGUGGAGGAGGGGCUAGGAAUGGAAAAAAAAACAAACAAACAACUUGUCGCCUAUUGAACCCAGGAGGAAGGUGACGACAAACUGUGAUGCGAAUCUCUGCAAUGUUGGGUCACUCCAACCAAAGACUUUCAAGUGCCUGUAUCUACUGUGUAAAUGCUUGUAGGACCCUUAUAUUCAGUACGGAAGCACUUUGCCUAAACUACCCCCCUUCCCCCUGUGCCACAAAAUAUGUGAAGAAAAGAGACAGAACUUAUGUGUAUUAUCAUUCAAACAUCACGCCUGAUUAUUUUUUUUCCCAGCACCUUUUUUUGUCGGUCGCACACAGAAUAUCCCACUCUCUUAUUCCUAAUGAUAAUUGUCCAUAGCGUUACUGACUGUGUUUUCUUUUUUCAAGCUUGUUUGGUGGCAUGAUCAGAUUUCAGAUAGACUAGUGUCUAGAGAAUGGCCUGGAAAGCCAGUAGACCGCGAGGCGAUGAUUUCUAAACUAGAUUUAUUAUUUUUUACACUGAUUUUUGCCUUUUUUUGUUGUACAUUUAAAGCGUGUAUGUGUGCUACCUAGAUGCCAGUAGGUGCAAGGGUCAUUCAAUAAAAGGAAAAAACAAAACAAAAAAAGA